UCUCUUAGAAGAGUUUUAUCAAACUACAAAUCCUGUACUUAGCGAUAUUGCAAAUGCAAUUGAAACUCUUAACCUCUUCUACCCUAUGCAAGUUGAAGAAUUUUUGGAAAUUUCUGAUGAAAACAUUGUCUAUAAAAUUCUCUCAGAUAAAAAAGUUAUUAGAGAACUUGUUAAAAUAUUCUGA